CGCAAAGAUGAUUUCAGUCCAGCUGUGCAGUGUGAUCGGUGAUGCUUUUAUAUCGUGUACUUGUGCUGGUCUGGAAGGGAAGUUGAAGUGUGUGCUGAGAAACACAUCUUUGGCCUGGCGUUCAUUGUGCUCCGAUUUGCAAGUUAAUAAGUCGACCUCACAGAAACACACCUUGUUUUGACGUAACGUUGUAUGUUUGCACAGCGGCUGUUCACUAACAACCUUUUUUCCUGCAGUUUUAUUCUGGUCCCAAGCGUCUGACGUGGCGCUCAUUUAAAUAACCAACACACCGCAGCUACAUUCAUCUGUGAAAAUAACCACACGCUGUUGUAAGAAUGUGGAAAGCAUGUGAAAUGUAUUGUGGCUCAACUGUAUGAUCUGACUUGAGAAGAAGGUGCUAAAAUAUUGCGGAAAUACCAUUGUUACAGUGAUGGUGUCAGAUAGUAGCAUUAUGAAUCUUUGAUAUGCAAGGUUGCGAAGUCAUUACCAUAGUUAUGUUCCAUGAUAUUCACAUGCUACUGUAAAAUACUACACCUGGAAAUAUAUCAGCUUCCUGUAUUCAGUUAGUUGGCUUAAUCUUGUUGGUAUUCACAGUACUUUUAUUCUGUUUUUGAUGACACAACUCAUUCUGUGUAUCACUUAGGAGGUUAGAAAGAUUAAUAGUCAUUCUUCCUCAUAAAGGAGUCGGGAACCAGUAAAUGAAACAUGCUCUUCUCUGUUUAAAUGGUUAACACGUGUGUAGACAGUCUCUGUCUACAGCAGAGAGUGUAUUUUUUUGUCUAGGCCCCUGGCUGGGCCCCUGAUAAUUUUUAAAAUAACAUUUAAAACAUGUCAACUGGGCCUUUUGAAUUGCUUCCGCCUUAAACACUAUAAGCUACAGCCCUAGACUUGCAUGAGGUAGAUCAGAAAGGAUAUUUUUUUCUAUUUUCUAUUUUACCAGGCUGUAGUAGAAAACAAUGCAAUACAGAUGCUGAGAUGCACUAUAUUUGCUUUCAGUGCAAUUAAAAGCGAGUAUGUCUGAUGCAGAUGUCUGUGAGGAUGAAGAUAAGACUAGAGUUAUUGUGUGAGCAGUCAGGGAAGAAAAAGAUCUCCGCCUGCAAGAUAUCAGGAUCUGUUGUUGGGGUUUUAGUUUAGAGAUGUGUGAUGAAAACCAGUCCUAAAGCAGGGCAAGGCCAAUCAGUUACUAUGAGCAGUGAGCUCAGUGUGCCAAUGGGCUCCCCCGCGCCCGGGGGCUCAGACCGGGUGCAGGAUGGCGGUGGGAUGGACUACAGGGAUUGGGUUCGGCGCAGCUAUCUGGAGCUGGUCACCUCCAACCACCACUCGGUCCAGGCUCUCUCAUGGAGGAAACUCUACCUCAGCAGGGCCAAGCUCAAAGCCUCCAGCCGAACCUCAGCCCUGCUGUCUGGCUUUGCCAUGGUGGCCAUGGUGGAGGUGCAGCUGGAGAUGCAGUACAACUACCCCCGGCUCCUGCUCAUUGCCUUCAGUGUGUGUACCACAGUGCUGGUGGCCGUCCACCUGUUCGCCCUCCUCAUCAGCACCUGCAUCCUGCCCAACGUGGAAGCUGUCAGCAACAUCCACAAUCUCAACUCCGUCUCCGAGUCUCCCCACGAGAGGAUGCACCACUAUAUUGAGCUGGCCUGGGGCUUUUCCACCGCUCUGGGGAUCCUUUUGUUCCUGGCAGAGGUGGUGCUCCUCUGCUGGAUAAAGUUCUUGCCGGUUGACUCUGGGGCACAACCUGCGUCAGUCCUGGCAGCCCUCAAGCAGAACUGCAGCUCUCCUGCGGUUCAGCCCGGCCACAGCGGCUGGCAGGCGGCUUUGGCCUCCACCAUCAUCAUGGUGCCGGUUGGAUUGAUCUUUGUGGUGUUCACCAUUCACUUCUACCGCUCGCUAGUGCGGCACAAAACAGAGCGGCACCAUCAAGAGAUCGAGGAACUGCACAAAAUCAAGGUGCAGCUAGACGGCCACGAGCGAGGCCUGCAGGCGGUGUGAGAUCCAGGGAUGCUCUUCGUUUGCAUCGCUUGACUCUUCAAGCUUACAAGCACAUUUAAACUCCUGCUUGAGUCUUUCGUGUUUAUUUUCUGUUUUCUUCUGCGACGAAAUGCGUUGUUACCUAGUGGGAGGAUUACUUGUGUAGAAACUGAGAUUGACUUACAGAGAAAAGGCGCACAUUUACAAGAUUUCUACCGCAAGGGCUAUUUAUUUUGUAUUUCUUUAGGCUGUCGGUCAGUUGGACUUGUUUUUGAGUACCAUUUUCUGUUUCCAUGCCUCUAAAUAUACAAAAAUGGAUAUCACAGAGUGGCCUGCUUUAAUAUUGUUUGCCUUUUUCUCUUCCUUUUAUGGUGCCAUCCUGGAUUGAUAGUGUGCCACAGAUAAUGAGACCAAAUGAGUUGGUCUUGGAUCCAUGAUGGAUCAAAGCUGCCAGAGUCACUGCCAGAGUCUCUUUAACUGCAAUAUCCAGCUUUUAUAAUGUACAUGCCUCUUUGAGCUUCAGUUGAAAGUGAUAGUUCACUCAAAAAUGAACAUUGUCAUCAUUAAUCACCAUCAUGUUGUUUCUUCCAAAAGAAGAUAUUUUGAAUUGCUUUUGUCCAUACCGGGAAGGUCAGUGGUUCAAAACAACACUGGACUUUGUUGUCUUUCACUGUAUGGACGAAAUAGCAUGUAAGAAGGUGAUUAUGCAUUAUGUGAGGGCGAGUAAAUGACCAAAUGUUCAUUUCCCUUUAAGAAAACCGAAACGGAAAAAAAUGAGGCACCCUGUAUAGGUUGUCUGUGUUAGUAGUGGAUCUAUAAUACUGUAAUCUUCCAGCCUGCAGAGGAUUCAUCUUCAAUCUGUUACAGAAGUAUCGCUCGUACUAGGUCUAUAUGUAGUGCAGUAUUUUUAGCUUGGGUGUGAAAUGUAGACGCUUUAGCCAGACUCACUGCGCGCUUGUAUUUCAUUGAAGGUUUUGCAUGUGUGAUAUAAUGCACUGUUACUUAUCAAGCACAAAGAUGGAGUUUUUAUCCAUAUUUCACAAAAGGCCUAUUGAAUGUUAUUCCUGUGGGCUACUAGAAGUUUACAUGGUCGAUGUCAGUAACCAGGGUCAGUGAUGAUUUGCUCCAACAAAUGACUUUAAUGGGCAGUUAUUUAUAAAAAUACUUACGAAAGACAAAAAAGCUUUGCCGAGCUGAAACGGUUUAAUGUGAACCAAGUUGGCAGUCCUAUCAUCAAGCUCAAAAUAAUGUCUGAUAUUUAAGUCAAUUUGAGGAAAACAUUCCAGGGGGGAAAUGAAGUCGGACCAAUUUCUGCCUGCCUUAAAUACUUAAACUGACAAAAGUGCACUUGUAGUAUAGUCCAUGGAAAUGAUGUGUCCGGUGUGUUUUCGGAGUAUGCAGACUGAUUUUAUCUGCUGUUAUGGUUUGCUGCUUCAUUUCAUGCCUUAAGCAUUAAUUUAAUAAUAAGUUCAUGAGUCAGUUCUGUAACCAGGCAUAGUGAAGCACUACUCGUUUCAUAGCUCAGACAAGUGAACUUGACCACAAUCGUGUGUACUCUGCUUGUGGGGGCUUUAAAAAAAACAUUUUCUUUUUGUGGAUGUGUGGAAAAAUACUGUUAGUGUCAUUUUUGAUGCUUCUGUUGCUUUGUGCCACAAUAUAAAUAUAUAAACGCAUAUAAAAUGUGAGAGGUUUUUUUUUUUUUUUUUUUUGCAUUUAGAACAUGUAGCCGACUAUUAUCCAGUUAUUUUGUUGAGCAUGUCCUUUCACUCUGUCUGUACUUGUGUGUUAAUUUAUGUCAAUAAACGCAACUUAUUUUGUUUACUUCAAA